UCCAAUUACAGUGGAUAAAAUUUUGUUGAGGUUAGCAACAGUAACAGUCGCAGGAGUAUAUAAAGUCUUGCACCCAGAGCUUAGCAUACACAUUUACAAACGAAUGCUGAUCAUUCAAGACUAGUUUAACAAGUUCAGCAUCUUCUGAGUGACUUGAAGAUGAACAGCGCCCUAAUCCUUGUGGUGGCCGUCGGCCUUUCCUGCUUAAUGGCAGCCCAAGCAGCGUCCCCCUUCGGUGUUCUAGCUGGCCUAGGAGCCUUGACGAGCGCUGCUAAGCGGAGGUAUCACGGGGCUGGCCAUGGACACGGCCAUGGCCAUGGGUAUAAAAUCCCAAAAAGAAAUCCUCGUCCCCGCUUCAGCCGCUCCGUUGCAGCACCUGCUGAGGAAGAUGACGACCUGAUUUUAUCUGCAAUAGGACAACUGGAUCCCAAUGCUUGCAUCCCCAAAAUGCUUUGCGUCCUGCAGGCGAAGGAUGCAUCCGAUCGCACGCCGAGAGAGAACAUGCUUGUGGAAAUCUUAACCAGUAGCACUAAGGCCCUAUCGUCCUACAACUCUGCUUUCGCCCACGCCCAGGAUGUCGCAACUAACACUGGAGACUCCUUCGCCUGCAGGAAGUUCUUCUACAAAUGUCCGUUCGACGAUGAGGAAUUGAGUGAACUCCUGGAUCUUGCGUGGAGUUGUAAUUGCAACUCGGGCGGGACAGAGUAAAUUGUUCUUCAGCAGGUCGUGUUGCAAAUCAAAUAUUAUUUGCAACACGACCUUGCUGGCCCUUGUACAUAACCUUUGUAAUAUAUGCAUAUAACAAUAUUAUGUAAUAUAUGUAUAUAAUAUUUAUGUAAUAUAUAUGUACUACUUAAAACACCAAUUUAUAUAUAUUAAGGUUACAGUUUAAAAUAUAUUUUUAUAAUAAAUUGCCUCUAAAUAAUAUACUUUUUAUUAACAUGAUGAUAUUUGGAUAGUGUGAAUACAUGCUGGGAAACUUGCUCAUGCAAAAUAUUCAACACUGCUUGGUAAUAUGAAGAUAUGCAUAUUAGUAACAUAUCACGAGCUCUCAAACCUAACCUAACAGCUGUCAUAAGUCCAAUUAGCUACGAGAAUAAGGCCUCUCUCUGAACAUUCUGCCCGACGAUGACGGGUUGGUCAAACUCCGCUUUCUACCCGGAGGGACUGAAAGCUGCUUUGCCCUUUUCGCUGAUUUAGUUGGUCUUGCUCUCUAUCCGAGGAAAGAGUCAGAGAAAGUAGACGGAGAAUUUGUUUAAGUGUAUAAUCCUGUAGCACAUAUCUGUUAUGUUUACUACGUCUAUUGACGUGAAAGUUGUUAUGCCUUUUAUAUCGAAUGUAUGUUUAAGCUCAAAUUAAAUUGUUGAAAGAUUA